AUGAAUAAAACCAAAACUGAGGACGUAAUAGAAGAAAUGAAAAAGAUCUUUGCAAGAUUUGGUAUACCAAAGGUAGUGAAAUCUGACAACGGACCACAAUAUAAGAACCACCAUUUUGUAAACUUCGCGAAAACAUAUGGGUUUAAACAUAUUACCAGUAGCCCGAAAUACCCAAAAAGUAACGGACUCGCCGAAAGGGCAGUACAAACGGUAAAGAACAUAUCAAAGAAAAAUGAAGACAUCUAUUUGGGUUUGUUGGCAUUCAAAAAUACGCCAUUAAAAUGCGGUGUAUCGCCAGCCCAAUUGUUUUUUGCUCGUAAUUUGCGUGAUACGUUGCCCCGAAAUGAAAAAUCAUUGAUACCAAAUAUACCUGAUCAUGAUUUAGUGUAUCAAAAAUUCGAAAGAGAGAGAGAAGAACAGAAGAAGAAUUACGACCGAAGACAUAGAGCUAGGGAAAUGGAAGAAGUCCAACCAAAUCAGAGAGUGUACAUCUUAGAUACUAAACAGUACGGAACAAUUGAAAGCAGACACUCCAAGGUCAUACUAGAUCAACACCGAUGGACAGGACAUCCGAAGGAACAGGAGAGAUGUCGUCGUCCUAAACAACGAGGAAGUGCGUGA